AUGAAUACAAUGAUGAUGCAUUGUUAUAUUGUUUUCGUUAUUCUCAGCAUAACAGUUCAAAUCAAAUCUCAAAUAUGUGAGAAAACACCUCAGUAUGGUGAAUGUUCAACAAACAGUGCAUGUGGAUGUUUCCAUAUGUUAGGUGCUACCGAUGAUACAGGUAUUUGUGGAUUUCUUUGGCCAACUUGUUCUCGUCUUGUACCAUGCAAUUCCAUAGACAAUUCGUGCCUUCAAUCUAAUACAAUUUGUGUUCAACAUCCGCAAUGCGAUGAUCGUCCUCUCUGCUAUCCAACUGGAAUGAUCCAUGAAAGUUACUGUCCACCAAUGAAAAAUAAGAUUAAUCUCAAAUGGAAACAAAAUGCCAUUACUGUGGCUGGUGGAAAUGGAGAAGGACAAGAAUUAAAUCAACUUAGUAGUCCUUAUGGGGUUUUUAUUGAUAAAAAGAAAAAUAUUCUCAUUGCUGAUGGUAACAAUCAUCGUAUUGUUGAAUGGAAAUAUAAUACAAAAGAGGGACAAAUUAUUGCAGGUGGAAAUGGGCAAGGUGAUCAAAUGGAUCAACUACUUCGUCCAACAGAUGUGAUUGUUGAUUACGGAAAUCGUUCGAUCAUCAUUGCUGAUUAUUGGAACAGAAGAGUGAUUCAAUGGUUGAAUCAGACUCAACAGAUUCUCAUUGACAAUAUUGACUGUAAUGGCUUGGCCAUGGAUAAAAAUGGAUUUCUUUAUGUUUCUGAUUCUUGGAAGAACGAAGUGAGAAGAUGGAAAAUGGGAGAAUACAAUGAAGGAAUUGUAGUGGCAGGUGGAAAUGAAGAAGGAGAUCAACUCAAUCAACUUAAUAAUCCUAGUUUUAUCUUUGUUGAUGAAGCUCAAUCUGUUUAUGUAUCAGAUUACAACAAUAACCGUGUGGUGAAAUGGAGAAAAGAUGCAAAAGAAGGAACAAUUAUGGCUGGAGGAAAUGGUGAAGGAGCAAAUCUCAAUCAGUUGUCUAAACCUCGAGGAGUAACUAUUGAUGGUUUGGGUCAACUCUAUGUGGCGGAUAGUGGAAAUGGCCGAGUAAUACGUUGGUUUGAAGGAAAAGAAGAAGGUGAAAUUGUUGUUGGUGGAAAUGGUCCAGGAAAUCAACCAAAUCAGUUGAAUUAUCCUCAAGGUUUAUCUUUUGAUGAUGAAGAAAAUCUUUAUGUUGCUGAUUAUUCAAAUAAUCAAAUUCAAAAAUUUGAAAUAAUUUUGUAA